UUUUUUUUUUUCUCUUUUAUUUGGACAAUAACUUGACCAUCAUCUUUUUUUUUUUUUUAUUGGAAUAUAGUGUAAACCUUCGAAAUCCAAAUCACUGUCCUUUGGGUAUGUAUCUGAUUCCUUGUGCUGAUACUUUGAAUGUAUUAUAUGGGGUGAUAUUCCUUCAUCAUGGAUUGUACAAUUCAGGCGUCUUCAAAUUCAGAGUGACAAUUCCCGAGAAUUAUCCCUAUAGCAAACCUUUGGUGACGUUUCUGACAGAUGUCUUUCAUCCUUUGAUUGGUCAUCAAGGUCAUCUUUCUCUAUCUCAGGCUUUUCCUCCCACCCGGCAUCCUUAUCAAGGUUAUCUCAUUCAUUUGCUUCAUUACAUCAAGAAUAUAUUCUACAAGCCCACCAUGGAUGGUUUACUGCUCAAGCAUUGUGUUGACAAGGAAGCAUAUCGUCUGUACAGGGAAGAUGCUGUUGUAUUUGGUAAACUUGCUCAACAAUGUGCUAAAUUGUCCAUUACAGAAUUAUAUGUGUUUGAUCACUUUCCAGACAACAAUUUGAUUCGAUUUUCUCCCUUGGAUGAAGAAACAUUUGAUAUCAUCAAGUCUUAUCUUCUCAGAAAAUAUGUACAGAAUGACGGGAUUUUGAGAUGAUUAUACUAUUUGGAUAGUAUUUACCUUGACAACAUCAAUUUGGACCAAU